AUGAAGCUGCACGGCGCACGACGGUUCGUCCGCAAGAUCCAAAAGCUCGCCGACAAGCUUAAGAACAGAGUCCGUGGCCCUGAAGGUCUAAAACGUACACCAAUGGCAGAGAAGCUUAACCAGAGACUCCGUGGACCUGAAGAUCUCCGACGUACACUGAUGGCAGAGAAGCUUAGAAAAAGACUCCGCGGACCUGAAGAUCCUCAACGUAUACCGAUGGCUUUGAUAGAAAGUGUGGCGUCUAUACCAAUGGACGCGCAACUUUCUAUCGAAAAUGACGAUGGCACGCCUCCAUCAGAAUCUGAAAGUACCCGUGACACCUGUUUCAAGCUGGCGCGCAAACAGUUUGGCCCCGCGGAGAUCAAACCAAUUGCUUCGAAAACCGGUCCUGCGUUGAUUGCCUCAACUUCCAGCAAAUAUUUGGGCCCACAUGACCAGGCUCUGUCAUCUUCGAAGAAUGUUGCUUCUGUCACCCACAAGGUUGAGAAAAAAUAUUGUGAUUUUUCUCUGGUGCCACUAAGAAAGCGACCUUACAACGAAGAGAAAGGCUGCCAAGUAAGGGUUCAUGAUUGUCAAUUAGGACUGUGGUGUUCUACAAAAUCAGAAGAAUGA